GUGUAUUAAAUGAUCAAUGUUUUUCUAGAUUAUCUGUCAAUCUUCAACAUCAUCAUCGAGUUUGAUUCAAUGUGAAUACUUGAGAAUAAUAAUGUCUCAAUUAUAUUUGAACUCCUCAUCUUCUUCGACAUUAUCAUUGUAUUGUUCUAUCUAUGGAUUUGUACAAUGUAUUAGUCGAAAAUUUCUUAUUAAAAAUAAAUAUACUAUAUUCAUUAAAAUCACUUCAAAUUCAGAUUGUUUUUGUCAUUCUAUAUAUAAUGUAAUUAUUCAAUGGAAUGUAAAAGACCAUGAUGAUGAUGAUGAUGAUAAUACAAUGAUUGAAGAGAAAUGUUUACAAUUUUUACAUCAUUGUCCAAUAAGAUGUUGGAUUUCUAUACAUAAUUUAAAAGAAAGUCGAAUAUAUUAUAAACAGAAUCGAGAAAGUAAAGUAUGGCUUUUUAUACCAGAUCAAACAUAUAUUGAAUCAUUACCUCGUUCUAGAAUACCUUCAAACUGUAUUCAUGAAUGUUGUUUGUCACAGUCAUUCUCACCUACUACUUCUUCUCCAUUACCAUCAAGAUCAUUUCCUGUAGGGUUAAUUCCUUCCAUAGAAUUAUCUCUUAUCUCUAGUCAUUGUAAUGGGAUUUUUUUGGAAUUCGAACGAACUAAUCAUCAUCAUCAUUAUCCAAAAUCUUAUCAAAUCAAUAGUUUACAAUACAAGAAAGAAGUUAUACAUUAUAAAGAGAAUAUAUUAAGAAAUCAAGACUGUACAUUAUCUGAAUUAUUUAAACAUUUACUAUCCAAUUUGUUCAUUCAAUCAAGAAAUAUCAACUUCAAAUCAUAUCAAUAUGCUGAAGAUUUUAUACAAUUCCCAUUCAUAUCCAACGUACAAGAAAAUUAUCAAUCCUUCAAUUUCAUGAAAGAUAAUAUCAUUGAUUUACACGAUAUUAUUGUUAAGCUUCAAUCUAUUGACAAAUCAAAUGAAUCGAACAAUGAUUCUGAAGAAAUUUGUACAUUUUCAACAACAGAUCAGUGUUUUAAAUGCAUUUAUUCCUCUUAUAUUACACAAUUUAUACCAUCAAAAUCAUCGUCGUCAUUGUCAACAACAACGAACUAUUUAUGGCAUGUUCAAGUAUGCAAAACGCUCUUACAAAUAAAAUUACAUCAUAAUAAGUUUCAACAUUAUCGUCGUUCAUUCAAACGUUUAAUUCCAAUCUCAUCAACCAUGACUCAAACAACGUUUAAGAAUCAUUUAGAAUCAUCAUUGUAUGUGAUUGGGAAAAUUCUAUGGAAUAAUACACAUGGUUGUUUUUAUUUACAAACUGUACAUAAGAGUAUUUUUAAUCAUUUCUGUAAUGAUAAUAAUGAUGGUAAGAAUAAUAAUAAUAAUGAAAAGGAUAAUACUCUUUCUGUUCCACUGAUAUUUAAUAUGAAUACAUCAGAUGAAAUCAAAGUAUUAUUUCUACCAUCCGAUCAUAGUUUAAUAUUAUUGAAGGAUGUACAAGUAUUGUAUGAUGAAGAGAGGUCAGCAGAAGUAAUCACUUCUGAAAAUUGUGCUGAUAUGCCAUUUCAUUCAACUGAUUCAGUAUCGUCUAUAUCCAGAAUGUAUAUUUAUGCAAAACAAAUCAUUCCAUUUCAAGUAAAUUAUUUAUCUGAAAGUAUAAUGAAUGAUUAUGGUAAAAUACGGGAACAACAACAGUCUUGUACAAUUGUUCUUGUCAAUCUAGGUCCAUUAUCCUGUUGUUCUCCUGAAGUUUCUGUCGAUCCUAAUGAACAUUCUCCCUCUUCGAAUAAACUAUUAUGGUCCUAUGUGUUUGUUGGAAAAUUCAUAGGAAAUAAUACUGUUGCAAUCGUUAAUGCUGAUACUGCUACUUUUAAUAAUGGUAGUAGUGUCGAUUCAAAUUUGAUGUAUUUAUCAUUGACUGGUGAUUUAGCUUAUCGAUGGUAUUAUAAUUUUCAAAUUGGAUAUCAUUACCAACUUAGUUGGGUAAAUAUUGACAGUUCAACAUCAUUUAAUGAUGAUCAAUCACCUCUUCGACAAUUAAUUAGUGUUUCGAUUUUAAACAACUCAAUUCCUAUGAAUAAAGAGAAUCUUUCCUUUGUUAAUGUUGCCAAUUUAAAUGAUGUUAUGCAUGAACGAUCCAAUUAUCCAAUUGGUUGUUUGCUCAACUUUGAAGCAGUCAUUUUAUUUAAACAAUAUUGUUCAUUGAGUAGUGAUUGUAUAUUAUGGGUGACAACUUGUAGUAAAUUGCCGAAAACACUAUCUAGUUUCAAUAAUAUUGACGUAACCACUAUAUACAAGGUGAAUCUAUGCAGUAAGACUAAAUCAGUGAAUAAUCUUGACCUUGUAUCAUUGUUCACAACGUCUAAUCAAAUGAUAUUAUAUUGUAGAUUUAUUAAUUUCUCACUUUCUGCGAUCACUCCAAGGUCAUCAUCAGUGGCUAAUUUACACCUUAAUUAUACUGAUUUAUCACGCAUCAUAAUCGUGAAUCAGACGAAUGAGGAUUCAAUGUUGAAUAAAAUUAGUACACAGUUGUCAGAUAGCUUGACGAUCUCAUUAGAUAAUGAAUAUGACAAUAGUUUAAUUGUAACCAAAGAACCAAAAUUAUUAAUAAGUAAUAAUUAUGAUUGGAUUGGCGGAUCCAUUUCCACAGGAUAUUCAAAUGUAGAAGGCGAUUUGUUGAAAGAGCGCAUCAAUGUACAGGCUACAAUUACUCGAUGUUUGGAAUUCCAAAUUUAUCGUUUAUCUAACACCGCCAGUGAUGAUCAAAAUGACGAUUUUGCUAAUCUAGGCAUUUGUAUACGAUUUGUAAUCACUGAUGGUAGCGGCAGUGCAUUGGUACAAUUGGGUCAUCCGUUUGUCAUAUCGUCCUUAUCAUCAAGUGGUGUUCCUUGUCAAAUCCUGUCGAAUAAUGAUUCAUCCUCAACAAAUCCUAAAGAUAAUUUAGAAUUAGCACGUCUUUUAUUAGGAUUGAAUUGUUUAAUUUGGAAACGAUUAUGUUGUCAAUGGAAACGUUUAUUAGAUCAAGGCGUUGAUUUAUCAUUCAAUUUUUAUGAAUCUACAAAUGAUAAUACAACUUCUGAAUAUAACACCUCUUCAUUAUCUUCUUCAUCCUCUACAUCAUUUUCAUCUGAAGUCACUUCAAAUAAAAAAUAUAACUUGAUACCAAUUAAAUUAGCAUUGAAAACUUAUUUGAAUUCACCGACAUUUUUAAGAAAUUGUCGAUUCACAUUGAAAUACAGAACUAAGAAUAUUCCACAUUGUCAUCGAUCUACCACAACAUCAACCACGUCUUUAUCGAAUUCUGCCGAUCAUUGGCGAUUGAAACAGAUUAAUUUAAAAGAUAGUGAUAAUUCUCAUGAUAAUCACCUUUGUCAACAACAAUCCGUUUACUUUGUUCUACCUCCAUAUAGAUUGUACACUUUAUUAAAUGUUACCUCUCAUAAUGAUGAUUUCAAUGAAUUAUGAAUGAUGGUUUGUGUUUUAAUAGAAC